AUGACUCCGGUUGAGGGAUCUAAGGAGAUGAGAGCUUACACGUUUCUUGCAACUUUGAUUGCGACAGUUCCGUUUCUCGCUUUGGAGACGUCAUCGCAAUUUGCGGAUCCGUCGGUCGUCUUAGACACAACUUGGGGUACAUUUAACAUAAGGAAUUCCGGCAGUCAGCUGACCCAGGCCAGUACCGUCAACACAAUUGUGAUCCCUGGAGCUGAUGGGUUCGGUCAUACAGAUUCAAUCAUUCCAAAUCGAUAUGACUGCAAACAUUACCGGGUGACCUUUUCCAUCGAUGAUCCCGUUUUUCCACUUGCGGUCAACAUGACUAUCGAAUUGCAGAGAGGACUUUAUGUAUCAAGGAACAGUAAACCUUCGUGUCAAGUAUCAUGGGGAGACACACAGGCGACCAACGUGAGAAUGGAUGGCAUUACCACAUACACGUUACAUACAUAUCUGCAGGUUGGCAUCUAUUUCAUAAGUCUCCGCUGCGCUUCACAUUUUGGAGACGAGAACUGUCCGAAUUCUAUGAGUGAUUGUGUGACAACAAGCGACUUUUUGGAUGACUUCUACACAUCUUUCUCGACGCCGAUGAAGUUCCUUGCGCAUGAAGCAAUUUUGGUAAGUAUUAAUUAA